AGUAGGUUCCAUGGUCGGAGUCUCAGAGAUUAGCAAUAGUUUGCACCAAGUCAAAUGAAGCAAAUUGAACCAGUUUAACCAGGGCAUAUCCCUGCUUGAACCUUGACGAGAACAUCCUUGAACUGUCUUCGAUACCGACCGAAAUCAUAAUACUGUUCGACCGGAUGGCCGAGAAAUAAAUUCCUGUGGGAUUCCUUAUUCAGGAACUACACUCUAUUUCUCGAAGAAUAUUGAACUGAGGAAACAACAAAAUGACCCCUUACUGCAAGAGGAGACUCAUGAUAUUGCUCACUUUUACAGGGAUGAUAAUGUACUUUUCAUUUACUCUGAUGUCUUUCUCGAGGGAGAGCAACGUAGCCCAGCCAUUCCCUCGACCAAGCAAAAAUACGGGCCAUGAUGACGGCGCUUCUAGAAUUGAUUCAUUACAUCAUGAACGGGAACACCACGUCUUUCAAUAUGGGAACACCACCAAAUUUAGCGCUAACACUAGUGAUUCGUCUCGCGGCUCCCCUUUCAUCUUGAAGCAACCAGUGGCUGGUUGGAGGCAGCGACCUCAGAAACACCUUAAAACAGAAGCUAAAGAUCACCACGUACCAUUGUCAAAACGGAAAUCCGUAGCGGUUACGACUGCGAGAAUAUCUCAAGACAUUUUGACAAAUCUGUCACUCAGUUUUCAAGCUUCUCAACUCCGUUUCGAAAUGGAUAUGGCAAAGUAUGGUCAGCAGGAGAUUGGGCAGCCAGUACGGUACACGAGAGAGAACAUUCCUGCAGAUUUACGUGCCCUGGCACCAAGUUUAUUCAGCCAAUUUCCGCGGAAAUUCUUACCUGAUUACAAGAGCCCGUGCUGGAAGUUUCAUAACGAAACCACCAGCCGGCUCAGCUGUCUACCUUACUUCUUCAUCGGGGGAUUCCCCAAAUGCGCCACCACCGAUCUCUGGGGUAAGCUGAUGACCCACCCAGCCCUUGUGAGAACCCUAAAGGAACCUCAUUGGUGGACAAGGACUAACUUUGAAGAGAAAAAAAUUGAAACAUACGUUCGUCGAUAUAAUAACUUAUCGAAGGAAAUGACUUCUAAACAUCAGAAAGAUCUCAUCACAUGUGACGCAUCUGCACUGACGUUCCAGGAUAACAAGGCAGUGAUAGCUCGUAUGCCGCCCAAACUCAGAGAGGAAAUCAAGUACGUCACAGCUGAUUUUAUCAGGGCUGCCUUGCCCGAUCUCAAAAUCGUUGGCAUUAUACGCGAUCCAACUUCGAGGCUCUACUCGGCUUACCUUUAUUUCGCCGAGCACAAAAAGAGUCCCACAUCGCCGGAGGAUUUCCACGUCAAAGUGGUGAAGGCGAUGGAGGAGUUCUACAAUUGUACAGAUAAUCAUGAUCUCCGUUUCUGUGCCUAUCAUGACGUGGUACCGCACAUAAACAUCGGGUGCUAUUCCUUCUACAUCCGAGAAUAUCUGGCACGGUUUCCCCGGAACCAGCUUUACUUCUUACGCACAGAAGACUGGUCAAAAGAUCCUGCUCAUUAUAUGAAAGAAAUAUUCUCAUUUCUAGAUAUUGAUCCUAUGUCUGAAGAAUACCGACAUAAGGUUGCACAGGCGGGGAAGCUGAACCGAAGAAAAGCACGCGACAGGAGAGUUGGGCCGAUGUUACCACAAACGAAGAAACUCUUGGACGAUUUUUACAGACCUUGCAACAAAGAUUUAGCCAAACUUCUAAAUGACGACAAAUAUCUCUGGCAGAUAGGCACGUAAAGUGUAGUGAC